CUUCAAUGAUUUUCAACUUCUAGCUACUAUGUGUUUCCGCCCAGCGACGGCUCUGAUUCAGGGCCCCAUUAUAGAUGACAGUGGAUGCUCACCGAAUUCAUCUCACAAGGCUUUCUGCCUGAGAAAUUAGGCCAAUACACAAGCCAAUCAGCUAGCACGCCCGUGCUGCCUCCUGCCUCCCACCAGCCCAAAGCCCACUUACUCAUCUUUGCCCCUCCCGCUUCUACCAAACUCUCCCAACUCUUUCUUCUCCCUAACAACGUCACCAACACAAAUACUCGCAAACUCCAAAGACUUUGCAGCCUCGCAAACCUUGUCGCUAGACAUCCUCAUCGCUUACACACACUACUCUUAUAUCUUCACAGCGAGGCGCUAUAUUGCCAGCGGUCGCUGAAAACAUCCUCCUCCCCCCUACAAAACCCAUUUCCCAAGGUAACCCCAGUACCUCCGAGUUUAUGUCCAUCGAAAAUCUCAAGACCUACGACCCCUUCGCCGAAGCCGACGAGGACACCGGAGAAACCAAGCAGACGCAGAAUUACAUCCAUAUACGCAUUCAGCAGCGUAAUGGACGUAAGACUUUGACCACUGUUCAGGGUCUCCCCAAGAAAUUUGACCAGAAGAAGAUUCUUAAGGUCAUCAAGAAGAAGUUUGCCUGCAAUGGCACUAUCGUCAACGACUCCGAGAUGGGAGAGGUGAUCCAGCUCCAGGGUGAUCAGCGCAAAGAUGUUCAGGAAUUUCUCAUCGACAAGAAGGAAGGCCUCGAGCUAGAUGCCAAGACCAUUAAGGUCCACGGUUUCUAAAGCUCUGCAUGCCCCGUCGUCCUGUCAGUCGCCGUUCCCGGGCGUCAUGACGUAGAGGGACAGGGACGCAUGGCCUCUCCGGCUUGUGCCUUUUCCGGACGUGUACUCUUGCUCUCGCAACAGACACACCGAGGCUCGGCUCCGAUUACUCUAGGACGACGGGCAUCCACUCAGGGCGAGUUUUACUCCUGGUGGCUUUUUUGGAAGAGUAUUUAUUCUUAUGCUGCGCGUUCUGCAGCGGGUGGACGAUAGCUUUUCGGCAUCCAUCUUGCUCACGUGCACGAAGGACGAGGCUACGGGCAAAGCAUUUGUUACUCCAACAUGGCUUGUCAGUCGCUCGUUAGUCAGAUAUGUCUACAUGGGCAAGCCCCGCAGUAGUCUCAGGCAAAUACAAAGUCGAUUCCGAAUCUUUUUGUUCAAAAUUGUUGUGAAAUUGUUUCAAUCCUAGUUGUGGUGGUAGCUUGACGUCAGGUCCCACUUGCAAGGCACAGCAUCUGGAGUCGUGCUAAUCAAAACCCAUGUUCCAAAACUGCACACUGCUUGGGAUUCACAGACAAUUGUGUACAUGAGUUUUACAGCGCCGCAUAAUAAUCAGACAUGUUCAGCCCUAGCGUGGGCGGGGAUAUCAGAGUUCAAAAGAGAAACCAAAAAGUCGCUGAAAGUCAUUUGUAAAGGAAAACAACAACGGUUCGCCUACUUCUCUGCGUGCACAAAUACAGAGGCAUUUCAUUCGCCUGAAAGACAGCCGAGAACCUCUACAGGUCUUCAUGCUGCUCGAUGCUUCCCAUGAUCUGAGUGAUAACGCGCGAUGCUUCAUCAAAGACACGCCGACCAGAAGCUACAAUUGGCAUCUGGGGGUAGUCAGGUGUGGACUGAUGGAGGUGUACCAGCAGAGUCACCAUAGUGAUGGAACAAGCUAUGGAGAAAACGUUGAUAGAGGUGGACGUCUCCUUGCGAAUGUUGAUCUUUUGGUGAGUGACGUGAUACAUCAUGGUAAGAGUCUGCGGCGUAGUUGUUAGCUGAAGUAGCAAACCUUGGUUGCGGUGAGUGCCGUGUGUCGCGUGUGCGGGGAAGACAUACAGUGGCUAUGCCAACCCAGCCUGGGAGGAGGAGACGAGGGUCCUGGAAACCACCCGUGAAAGAGAGCACAAACGCAGUGAGAUAUGCGUUACAAAAGUUGGUUGUGAGCAGGCGAACCAUUGUCGCUUGUGGGGUAUAAUUGAUGAGCCUGCGAACUACUAGUUAGUAUGGUGUUGUACAGCGAGCAUGUCACAACAGCGACAACCCAAUAACCUACCAUCUGGACAUCAGACAGUCCGUGAAGAAGAAUGAUAAAUAUCCCGAAGCAAAACACUGACGUCCAGCAUAUAAUAUCAGCACAGUACUUUUCGGCCUUGGAUCUCCUCGAGGAAUAUCUCAACGCACCCAUAUAGUUGCAAGCCCAGUCUCAGUCAGGGCGUACCGCGCAUCCGCCUCGACACUCAUAGCCACAGAUCCUCCCGUCGUUGAAGGCACAACGACUACAAUCUCUGGUCCUGGCAAGACACGUAAAAGUAGUUGGAGCGCAGAAGGCAAUCCCCACCACAACGCCGGCAGAAUAGAGAAGAGGCGCAGGGCAAAAAGCCACGGGUGCCAUGGCUUGGGAACAUUGAGAACGACGGCGACUCGGGGUUGAAGAAGAGACGGAUGCACGGGACUAUCGAUCUCGGGAGGUGCUGUCUUGGUCGUGUGCGAUGGCGGCGGAGGUUUGCCAGACGUCGAGGUCACGGGCGCAAGCGGUUGUGGAGGUAAAGGUAGAUGGCCUGUAGAAGAGCCCCGACGAACGGGGGGAGGGUUGGCCAUCUCACAUCGAUCGUUCAGGCCAUCUGAAGCAAUUCGCGAUCAAUUGUGUGGAAAUUAAAAUCACAGAAGCCAAACCCAAGAUAGGGAAAAAAAGAAGGGGGGACAGAAACCAGGUCGACGCGAGGGGGGGGCAGCCUUGGUAAGGCAGCUGUUGGUGAUGGCGUCAAAGGAGGAGGACAAGCUGCCACCUCCAGAGUCCAAUGCCUGCACAAUUCAGAUUGAACCGACAGGGGUCGUGGGGGUUAAAAUGCGCCAACCAUUGGAAGUGGGAACACAGGACCCUUUUCGACGUGGCUAGUGGAACUCUGGAAGCUGGAUCACACCUCAUGGGUUAGGGUUGACCAUGGCAAAGCGUGGCUGCAUGGAUAUCAAGAGUAUUAAUUUUCUUUUAUUGACGUCCACCAAAUAUAAGCCGUUUCUACAAGAUGAGAAACUCUGGAGCAUGCAUACAUGUAAAUAUUUAGAACUAUCUUCGUAAAUCGCCAAUGAACUUCACAUGUCCCUC